AUGCAGUCCGGCUCAGCAUCUAAGCAACGUCAGCGUGACUGUUACGUCGAACACGACGGUCACUGCUACAUCAAGUAUGCGCCGACCUUCUACACUGCAAGAAGGAGGUCGGGCAUCGACAUUAAGGUCAACGAGACGACGACGUCGUCGCCAGAAACGCCAUUGCGUGAGCCGACGGGUCACUACAAGGAAGCCCGCAGUUUCUCGUCCAAGUGCACGCUGUGCCUCUCGGUCACGCUUCUCUUUACUCAGCUGUUAUUCUUGGUCACCAGCUGCCAACGUCUCCCCGGGGUAGUUUGCGCGAGCACUGCUGUGCUUAUUCAUUACGGCUUCCUCUGCACUUUCCUCUGGACGACGGUGCUGUCGUUCGACAUCUGGAGGAGUGUUACCGCGGUGAAGCUCUCGUCUAUGCGUGAGAAAACCCUAGCAGCCUACGGCAUGUUUGCCUGGGGCAUGCCUACUAUCGUUGUUCUCGGGGCCGUCGCUGUUCAGGUGAUCGCGCCGUGGUCGAUCUUCUCUCCCAGCUACGGCAGCCCGACUUGCUGGAUCGGCACGUUCUGGGGCCUGACUGUGUACUUUCUCAUUCCCAUGGCGACGCUUCUGUUGUUGUGCAUGUUCUUUUAUUUUUCGGCCGUGUUCUACAUUCGCACCACAUCCACUGCCGUGUGCCCUUCGCGCGACGACUCGGAGCUCAGUGGAGCAGCAGGAAGUCGAGCCAGGCAGCAGAGAAACAAUGCCGCGCUCUUUGCUCGUCUGGCUCUCAUCAUGGGCGCCGCUUGGGCAAUCGCAUUUCUUGGAACAUUUAUGCCUUAUGAGGCAAUCGACUCGAUUGUUAACACACUCGUCGGUUUGCAAGGGGCGUACUUGUUCUUCGCGUUCAAAGACUACCGCUACUUGUACUCGUCGAUGUCGACGCGGUGGAAGUCUAUGCCCCUCUACAGCAGCAGCCACAGGACAUCGAGCUUGGACGUGUCAUCUAACAUUUCCCGCCUCUCCAGAUAGAUGUGACAGCAUUGCGUGAGAACUUUACAGUGGCAGUCCUGUGGCUCUCAUGCUUUAUGCCUCAGAUAGUUUGAUGUCGCCUAGCUGUCACCAUUCGACAUUGCCAGCGGUGAUCCCUGGAAUACCUGCCUAAAAAUGUGUAAAUACACGGACAUGCAGUGCUUACGUUUCGAAACCAUUUAAUUGUGA